AUGGCUGGGCGAUUCGAACCCAAGGUCCCAGUGCAGCUGGAUCCUCCCAAGGAUGGCCCCAUCACCGUUGAGGAACUGGCGCAGGCAAAUGGCAACGACGGCGGAAAGUGCUACGUUGCCAUCAAGGGCAAGGUCUAUGACGUGACGGGCAAUAAGGCGUACCUCCCCGGGGGGUCAUAUCACGUGUUUGCGGGCAAGGACGCUUCGAGAGCGCUGGGCAAGACGUCGACAAAGCCGGAAGACGUCAAGGCCGAGUGGCACGACCUGCAGGACAAGGAAAAGGAGACGCUGAACGACUGGGUCACCUUCUUCUCCAAGCGCUACAACAUUGUGGGUGUGGUCCAGGGAGCUCAGAAUACGGAAUGA